AUGGCUAUGUUAUAAGGAGUUAAUUAAAUGGCAGCCAGUUAUCUACUAAUUUUAACAGGAGAAUAUCUAGAUGGAAUGUUAACUAUCAUAUCCCUAUAAAUAUUUAGAAUCAGUUGGGUUUUAGUUAAAAGUGAAUCCAUCCAAUAUUCAGCUCCUAUUGCCUCUUUGUUACUCAUCUUAUACAUAAAUUAUUACAAUUUUUUAUAUAAUAAAGCAAAGCGCUCUUAAUAUUUACUAACUUUGGCAGAUUGUCGAUGGGAAGAAAUUCUAUAAAAACUAUAAAUUCAAUAAUCUUACAUGAUUCUAUAAUUUUAAGAGGAAACCUUACGUUAUACAAUCAAGAAUUUUAGGAAUUGUGAGAAAAUGUUUAAAACUUAAGAAGAAGCUGAGAAUUUUCUUAGAUUAGCUACUCAUCAUAAUAAUUUACUAUAAAAUAUUAUUCAUAAAAGUAUGAUUGAAUUCAAAAAGACUACACAUAAUAACUUUAAUGAAACUAUUUUAAUAAACUAUUAAAAAUAAACCAUCAGAACUGAGAUUUCUAUUUAUAAAGGUGAUUAACCAACCAUACUUUUGAUAUUUAGAAAUUUCUUUCUUGAAAACAAAAUAAAUCCCAUUUCAAUACAAAAGCAAUUCGGAAAUGCCAUAAAAUUGAUUGUUAAAAUAUUAGAAAAAAUAAGAGGAGCAUAAUUUUUUGAAAUUUAAUAUUUAAUGAUAUAAAGAAAACUAAUUCUUGUUCAUUUAAUGAUUAAUGUGUAAAAUAAAUUAAAAAUUAAGACAAUAAAUAUUAAUGAUUUCUUUAAUCAUGCCAUAUUACUAUAUUAAGAUUUAAAAAUUAAAUUAAACUAUAAAUGCAAUGCUAAAAUUGAAACAAUAGUUAGCAUUUUAUAAAUACUUAUUAUUUUAAUUUUUGAAAAUAGAUUAAGUGAUAUUUUGAGUAUUACAACAAAAAUGACAUCAGAUGAACAUGUCCAAUGUAUAUUUUAAGGUAGAUUUAACUUAGACAAAUUGAUAAGAUUUAAAAAGGCUUAUGAAUUGCCAUGGCUAUUAAUAUUUGAAACAUUAGAUCUUGAUGAAGAGAGUAAUUAAUAUAAUAAUCUUAGUACUCACAUUUACUUUUCAUAAAAAUAUUGGAAUUCCUUUUGGAGCUUGA